AUGAAUAUGGCGUCUGAUGUCGAAGAUCUCAGUACAUUUUAUGACAAUUUACCCUCGAUAUUUGAGAAUAAUCCAUCAUCUUCCGUGAAACAAUCAUACAAUACAGUUGUCGCUGAUGUCAAUGAAGAAAAAUUCUAUCAACCAAUGUUCGGUUCGUUCUCAUUUGCCGAUUCGGAUCCGCUCAAUAGAGCAGCAUUUGUUGUCUCUCCAUCUCCGUCAAUUGAAGUAGAUGCAUUACAAGAGCGAGUAAUGGACGAUAAUAUUUUGAAUGAUGAGCAUAAUAUUUCAAGUGGAAAUGAAACUACAUCAUCCCUACCGCCCCUAGCUGAUACAGAAGAUAUCGAUGAUAAUAAUUAUGAUAAUGAUGAUGAUGAAGAUGAUUUCGAUGGUAUACCAAUUCGACAUGCUUCUAUAAUGAUGAAAAAAAAACUUAAUGGUGAUAGUGAUUCAACUCUUAAUCAUUUUGAUCAAGAUCAUUUCGUUGAUGAAUUUAUUCAUCGUAUAGAAAAUUCUCAGGAUGAUAAUGAUAAUGAUAAUGAUAUUGAAGAUGAUACAUUUUUAAAUGGUUUUAAUGAUGAAGAACAUGAAGAAACAGCUAUAGUACCAUCUUUAUUUAAAGAUAUUCCUGAUAUUGAUGAUCCAAAUGAACCUGAAGACGAAAAUGAUGAUAAUGGUAGAGUUCCUUUUGAUCAUAUGGAUAUGUUCGAUCAAUCAGAUUCAAUACGUUCAUCAUCACCUGAUUCACUCUUAUCUUCAUCACAUUUACAAGAUGAACAAGACGAUGAUGUUGAUAUGGAUGAUGAAGUAGCACAAUGGAAUGAUGAUCUUAUUCUUCAAACAACUCCAUCAAAUGUAAAUUUACAAACACAUCGAACAAAUUCUCCAUUAGUUUCGAAUAUAUAUCCAUUCAAUCAAGUUGAUUUUAUUGAUUCAUCACGUAGUAAUUCUAGAUGUUCGAAUAUAUCAUCACAUUUAAGUAUUGGUUAUGCUGAUCAAGCACGCAUAUUUAUGAGUGAUGAUGAUGAACUCGAAUCAUCGUCUGAUAGUGAUGACAAUAACAAAGAAAAUAUGAUAAAUUUAGAUUGUGAUAUUUCCGAUCGUGACAAUAGUGAAGAAAUAUGUCUACAAGUUAAUCUUGAUGAUCAACGUUCACCUUCUUCAUUUAGUAAAAGUAAUAGUACAAGUUCAUCAUCAUCAACACCAUCACCGGUUCCCGAUGAAACACCAAUUAUUACUAUUGAUGAAGAUAUUGAUGAAGCAAAAACUUUACAAGUAGCUCCUAUUGCUGUACUUGAUGACGAAGAAGAAGAAGAUAUGCAUGUUGAUGUUGAUGAUGAUUUACGAACGUGUAUAUCAGAUCAACCAAUAUUACCUAUUUUUACAUCUAAUAUAAAAAAUUCCAUCGAAUUAAAAACUGAUAGACGACAAAAUGAACUUAUUCAGGAUAUUAUCAAUAUGAGACAUUUAUUAAAUGAAAAUGAAGAAGAUGAUGAAUUUAUUGCUAUUAUGCAUAAUCCACGAAUAUUUGAACAAGUUUUAUAUAAUAAUAAUAAUAAUAAUAACAAUGCUAAUACUAAUAAUAACGACGACGAUAAUGAAAAGGUAAUCUUACUUAAAUAUUUAUUUUAUUAA